UCAUACACAGCUUUGCCCUCUUUCUUCUCGCCGUUCUCCUCCUUGUUCUUCUUCUCUCCUUCCCCCACAAUCCUGGGGCUCCAGGACUCUGAGUGUGGGGACAAAUGCAUGCUUGCUGCCUUUGCUAAUGCCGCUCGUGCUAUCCAUCUAUCCUCCAUAGUCCAUCGUCCAUACUCCUCGGCCCCUCUGUCCCUCUGCCCUCUGUCCGUACUCGGUAUCUCGGUCCACCCUUGCUUACAACUCGCUCAAAUGCUGCUACCUCAAUCGAGUUCUUCAACUCCUCACUCACUCACUCGCAACUCGCAAGUCUCGACUCCUGUUUUUAUCCCCUUCCCGCCUUUGAGGCUUUUGAGCCUUUAGCCCUGCUCUCAUGCAUGCACUCACUCACUCACUCAAUCCCUAGGAUGGUAAUGGUGGUGGUGAUGAGGAUGGUGGUGGUGGGUAAGUGUGUGUGUGGGGGAUAUUGGCGGGUGGUGGAGGAGGAUAAGGAGGCAUAGAGGGGGAGUAGUAGUGGCCCUAGUGGUAGUUGCAGUACUAAUAGUAGUAGUAGUAGGAGGAGGAGGAAGAGGCCGCGGCGCUGUUCUGAGUGUGAUCCCCACUCCUAUCCUUUUAGCCCUGUCGGUCCUUUAGGAGUUAGACUUACUUCUACUCGAUCCCUACCCCAUGCCAACCUGCAAUCGGCAGCUCUUCUUCUUCCUUCAUGUGCUAGAUUUGCUCCCCUUCCUCUCUCUCUCUCUCUCUCUCAGUCACUCUCACACACACACACACACACACACAUUCACAAACACACACACUCUUUAGUCCUUCAGCUCGACCCUUCCUCCUCGUUCUCUUUCUUUCUUUCUUUCUCUCUUCUUUUUCUUCUCCUCCUUGGCCUCCCCCCGCCCCCUGCUCGUGGCCAAGAGUGGUGUGAGUGCGUGAGUGCCUACCCGCUCCCCCACGAGCAAUCCCCACACUCUGGGGGCUGUUUGGACUGCAGAAUCUGCCUCCUCCUGGAUCCAUCCAUGUCCCUUAUGCAUCUUGUGUAUUCGAUCUAGGCGCGCAUUUCGUGCUGCAUUUUGGCAGGCCAUUCGUGCCAUCACCAUCCUGCUCCCCUUGCCUCCUCGUUCACGCUGCUCGAUGCUGGCUAUUCAAGCAGCUUCCAAGUUUGCAUCUCUAACUCGUUAGUUGGUGCAGUGAUGCAAGGGGACACAGUGGGUAGUGCGGUAUGAGCAGUCGCAAAGACGUUGAUAGUCAUCGGGAGGCCAACAAUGAGAAUCCAGCCAUGGACCGACGCGUGUCAAUGUCGGGCAAUAACGACGAUUCCCCCUUCGCUGGCGUCAAUCAGCUCCAAGCCGCUGCUGCAGCUGCAGCUGCAUUGAGAUUCCCACUCACAGUGCCAUUUGUCAAUCAACAGCUAGGCAACUCUAGCCAAAACAUACCCGCAAGUCUGGCCAACGUGCCGGGCUUGGGGUUCAACCCCGGUGAUGGCGGCUUCGGUGCUAAUUUACUCUAUCAGCACCCUUUUUGGCAAACGGCCCUUCGCCAGCAACAGAUCCUCAAUCACAUAGCAUCACUCAAUCCAUUCCUGACCACGACUGUGGCUGCGGCUGCGGCGGCUGCUGCGGCCGCAGCCACAGGAGGCAACGGCCCGGGAGUGUCUACCUCUUCUUCAAUGUUGAACACUGCUACCUCACCGCUAAGUCCCAAUCUUCCACCUGGGUAUCCCACAUCCGCACUACUGAACCAGCAGACUUCUCCUACCUCAAGACGCCAGGACAAAACCGAUAGUUCCUCCAAAUACAGCGAAUACCUCAGCAAAAUGAUCCAACUUCCAGCUUUUGAUCCCACGAAUUCGGGGAUGCCAACCUCUACCUCAUCAUCCACCUCGUUCAAAUCGGGUUCCUUACAAUCACCAUUCUACGAUCAUACCAGAACUACCUCUUCAGAAAACAAUACACCAUUUUCCUCCCCCACGGGUGGUGACCAUAACAUGCUCCGUUCCACAGAUAUUUCUACGGGUAAAUCCGUGGCGUCCCCUGUCAUGCCGAUGAAACGGCCCAGCAAGGAUGGUAUGAACGGGCGUGACAAGGUCUUCACAUGUAAGAUUUGUAAUCGAUCCUUUGGCUACAAGCACGUUCUCCAAAACCACGAACGAACCCAUACCGGUGAAAAGCCCUUCGAGUGCAAAGUCUGUCAUAAGCGAUUCACGCGUGACCAUCAUCUCAAGACCCAUAUGCGUUUGCACACCGGUGAAAAACCUUACAGUUGCACCCAUUGUGACCGUCAAUUUGUGCAAGUGGCCAAUCUGCGGCGACAUUUACGAGUGCACACGGGAGAGAGACCGUACAAAUGUGACAUCUGCGAAGCCUGCUUCUCAGACUCCAACCAGCUCAAAGCUCACAUCCUCAUCCACAAGGGCGAGAAGCCCUUCAACUGUGAGCUCUGUCACGGCAAGUUUCGACGUAGGCACCACUUAAUGCAUCAUGCCUGCCCCAAGGGCGGGUUCGAGUCUGGCUCAAACACCAAGGGCAUCUUCCUCCUCUCCGAAGGCUUGGAACCCCUCGAAGACGACGACGGCGACGACGGGGAAGACGAAGCCGAUAUCGCGAGCAGCCGUAGGGGCUCCUCUACCGGUGGCAAUGGCGACCUUCUUGAUGUGGUCGCCGAACACAACGAAGAUGAAGAGAUGGAGGAAGACAGUAAACGCCGUCAACGCAAGGCCAAGGAGCCGAAAAAAUACACCAAUAACACUUCUGACGUCAGAAAAGACACGGGUAACUUCCAGACUGAGCCAGAGGAUCUCUCCAAAUCUGCUAAGGCAGUCGAGUAGUAAUAGAUUUCAUCUAGAUCAAUGGCAUUCUUCAUAUGUACGUAGGUAGAAGAACGGGUAGGGCUUUGACAUGAAUGACACAUGCGUACCUCUUAUUUUUUUUUCCUUUUGAUUGCCUCCUCCACUUGAAUUGCGAGGUCAAUUGCAAAAGCAACACGGCAACAAACAGUAAUCAACUACACACAGACUCAUACACACAUCCGGUCCCCCUUGCAAAAAAGAUUCAACCAAAAUGAUUUUGCUCCUUAUUCCUCUUCUAAUUGAGUAUUGAACUAUUGUCACCAAUUCAUAUACGGGUCAUUUGUUUUAGUCAUCAGCAUCAUAAAUAUCUCUCUUUUUCGA